UUCGUGACGUCACGACCGAGUGAUCCGGCCGCAUUCCUCGGCUUUAGUGUCAGUGAAGCCAACAAUAGCCGUUUAGUUCCUUGUCACAGCACGGAAGUCAGUCUGAGUUUCGCAUUCAUCUUCUGUGUGAACGCUCAGCUCUGUAAUGGCGAACGAGUAAAGAUUCGUCUGGACGUGAAUCCGGCGCAGCUGUCACACACCUGGACCGAAGAAGAUGAACCGGACACUGAGCCCCCGGAGACAGGGGAGCAUCGACUUUUUGGAAACCUUCGGAGUUGUGAAUGAGAAUGGCAUUGAAAUCCCUCCAAUGCCCCCAGUGCAUCCUCCUCUGACCUUCGAUUAUGUUCUAGUGGCAAAAAUCUCAGAGGACGAGAACAGCCACAUCUUCAGAAAGCAGUCAGCUUUCAUUGACAAACUAAAGAAGAAGAAAUUAAAAGUAUAUAAACUUGGAGAUGAUGAUGACAGGGUGUUUUAUUGCAUCCGAGCCCCACACAAUAUUUUCGAGACUUACCGGUAUCUCCUGAAAGUGUCUGACGCCUGUAACUGGAGCUGUGAGCAGCAGGGAACCAUACCUCAGUCGACCAGGAUUCGUAUCGUUGACUUCAUUCUGAAUCACACAUGCAUUGAAUCAGAUGGUGUUUCAGAAUAUCUGCCAGAUCUCAUGAAAAAAAAUGUUUUCGAGACUCACUUUUGUUUACACGAGAAAAGGGAGCAAAAGGAAUUGAAGCAGAGCUGGGCUCGAUGGUCUGCUUGUUUCAAAGGGCAACCCAUAACUAACGUCAGGAACUACCUCGGUGAGAAGGUGGCUCUGUAUUUCCUGUGGCUGGGCUGGUACACAUUUCUCCUGAUUCCUGCUUCUCUUAUUGGUGUCAUUGUGUUCCUGUACGGCUUAGCUUUUUACAACUCAAGUCCUCUCAUAAAAGAGGUGUGCCAGUCAAAUGUAAUAAUGUGCCCUCUGUGUGAUAAAACAUGCCGAGUGUGGGAGCUCUCUGACACCUGCAUGUAUGCAAAGGUGAGCCUUCUGUUUGAUAAUGAGGGAACAGUGGCGUUCGCCAUGUUCAUGGCAGUGUGGGCUACUGUGUUUCUGGAGUUCUGGAAGCGUCACAGAUCCUCUUACGUGUGCGCAUGGAAGGUCUUUGACUGGUGUGAGGAAGAGGAGGAGCUGAUUCUGGAGAUUGUAAAUAAUGCACAGUGUGAACCCAAGAUGCACAGGCACUCUUAUCUGCGCUCCACUAUAGUACUGGUUUUAGUCACUCUCAUGUUGCUGGUCAUCAUCGGGCUGACUCAUGUCCUGGUUGUGUGUCGAGUGAUCGCUACUGUGCUUCUGGCCGAAAACAGUUCUUGGAAUGUCAUUACUGAGAAUUCACAAACAGUUGCUGUGAUGCUCGGAGCCGUGCUCCACUACAUCACCAUCACCGUCAUGACUCGGGUCAAUUGUACAGUAGCUAUGAAACUGAGUGAAAUAGAGAAUAAGCACUCCCAUGCUGCCAUUGAAAGGAGUUUCACAGUCAAGAUGUUCACGUUCCAGUUCUUUACCAUGUUCUCCUCUCUCAUAUACACAGCGUUCUUUCUGGGAAGGAUCAAUGGUCAUCCUGGAGGGUAUGUGAGGAUAUCUGGCAUAUGGAGACUGGAAGAGUGUCACCCAAGUGGCUGUCUCACAGAUUUGUUCAUUCAGAUGUCUGUUAUCAUGGUACUUAAACAGACCUUCAACAAUAUCUUUGAAUAUUCUGGUCCCUGGUUUAAUCGGUGGUUGAAGAGGAAAAAGACCCAUAAAUUCAGGAGAAGGUGUUUCAAAUGCUAUAAGAAGGAGUGUAUGUAUGCCAAGGAAGGAUCUGAACUCUGUGAGAACUGCAAACUCGAAGAAAUCCACAGAAACUACAGCCUGAUUAAAACCGAUCGCUUCAGCCUCUUUAAUGAGUUCUUGGAAAUGGUGAUCCAGUUCAGUUUCACUACCAUCUUUGUAGCUGCAUUUCCUUUGGCUCCAUUGUUGGCUCUUCUAAACAACAUCAUUGAGAUCCGACUGGAUGCCAUUAAGAUGGUCAGCCUUGAGCGCAGACUAGUGCCAACGAAGGUCAGUGAUAUUGGUGUUUGGACGGAUGUGCUGGAGGUGAUCGGUGUGCUUGCAGUCAUUGCUAAUGGUCUGGUCAUUGGUAUAUCCUCUGAUUUUAUUCCACGACUGGUUUACCAGUACUUCUAUGGGCCUUGUGCCAGCGGCAGUGCUACUGGCAUCGAUUGUAUGGCUGGAUACAUAAACAACACUCUGUCCAUUGCUAAUAUAAGUGACGAGAGAGUCAGGGAUGAUUUCAGAAGUGUUCAAAUGGUCACUUACAGUGGCAUAAAUGUGACACACUGCAGCUACAGAGACUACAGAAGUAAUGAAGACUUUAGUUUAACGAACCAGUUUUGGGUCAUUCUGGCAGCACGAUUAGUCUUCAUCAUUCUGUUUGAGCAUGUGGUGGUGAUGUUUAAGUGUGUAGCGAGCUGGUUUGUCCCCAGCUCACCACUGGAUGUGAGAAAUGAAAGACUGUAUGAUAAACUCAGGAGACUUAAGGAAGAACUGAGAGCUCAAAAGGACACUUUGACCAAACUAAAUGAGAAUGGCAAUGCAAAAAGAACAUCAAAACAGAAAAAAGCAAAUAAGCGAAAUAGUAUGUGAGCCAACCAGAUUCUCCUGCACACAGUUGUUAGGUCCUCAUUCUAGAAGACUAUGAUUGUUGUUAAUUACCUUAGUUUGAUUAUUUCAUCUCAGUUUGUGGAUUAACGACUGCUUGAUAAAUCAGUUUUGUUUAUCAUGUAUAAAUAUGUAUACAAUAUUGUUCAAAAGUUUUAGAAGUUGUAUUUUUUUGAAAAUAAAUAUAUUGUGCUCAACAAAGC